GGUUAACGGCAAGAUGGCAGCCUCUGGUGGGUUUUCACCUGGUGGGAGAGAUCUGGCUUAUUACUGCUACUGGGUUACCACAAAGGGUAGGCGAAUUGCCAAUCAACGUUUCCAGGAGUACGCAAAAGAAGAUCUACUUUUCGAUGCUGGCUGCGUUGAAAGACUGGCUGUGUUUCAUCAACUCGAAGUGACAUCAGAGGAAGAGAAAAAAAACAAACUUACGCUUGAGCAGUUAUUUCAUUCAUUGAAAAAAGGAAUCGCAGUUAUUUCAGGCGUUGUUGGUGCUGGGAAGACCACCCUACUCAUGUACCUUAUGCUACAGUUUUCUGGUCCUCAAUCUGCCGUCCCAAAGCAUCUCCAGAGCUUUGAAAUCGUUGUGUUCAUUCAGUGCAGGGACAGAGAUAAUAAAAAUUUAGAGGAAGUUGUCAAAGUGCACUUUGGAGUUUUGAGUGCGGACAUGACGGCAGAAGAUAUUCUGCUAACUCUCCAGCAACUCCGCGUGCUGUUCCUGGUCGAUGGAUUCGAUGAACGCAACGAAGUAUCGUCGGCUGUGUUGCGCGAGCUGUUGGAUAAAACAUGGCACCAGGACUCCCGCAUUCUCAUUACGACUUGUCCUCGGGCUGCCGAGGAUCUCAAGAACUUGUUGAGAAAUAAAGGCAAGGUUUCAGAGGAGUAUAAGAUCUUGCAAAUCUCAGAGCUACGAAGACAGCUGGAUUUUAUCGAAAAAUAUGGGAUACAUCUGACCAUGAACGGUGAUGCAGCACUAGCGAUGCGCGAGCGAUUUUCCAAACUAAAUCCGCAAGUGCAAUCAUUAUUCACAAAGCCAAUACUUUUGCUGUACUUCUGCUCUAUUUUUAAAGAGACUCCAGAAAAAAUUGACCAAUGGCGAAGCUUGAACGACAUGUCAAUGGACAGAUUUGAGCUUCAAAAGAUCGUCAUGAAAACGAAGCUGAGCGAUAUCGGUGUCAGAGACCCAGACCUUCUCAUUGACAAACUUUUGGGAGUCAUUGGCAAGUGUGCGUUGGAGUUCCUUGCCUUCGAUCAUGUUACCUUCACCUCCCUCGAAAUCUCGAUCAUGAAGGAACAGUGCGGCGACAAGAUAAGAGCUCACACUUCCAUCGUUGAAGUAGGCACUGAAGUGUUCCUAAACACCAUGCUAGUAGUGAAGAAACCGCUGUCAGGAGGCAAGGACACGACUUAUUCUUUCCCGCACAAGUCCGUCCAAGAAACUGUGGCAGCAAACUAUGUUGUUAGGCAGAUGAUGCUCACUGAAGAUACUCUUCAAGAGAUCCUGGGAGUGGAGCCGACAAAGAACAAAAGGCUGCGGGAGGUGCUGCUGUACGUGGUGGCGGCCCUCAGCAGGGACAGCCCCCGCCACCUCACGCGGCGGUGGGGGGAGCUGAAGGAGACCCUGAGGGAGGCCGGCGUCACCGCCCGCGAUGUGAUGGACUGCGUCGCGCGCUGCCGUCCCGACCACGCGGGGACGGUGGCCGAGCUCGCCGCCCUGACGGAGGGCAAGAAAUGGAACGUCAGGAACGGUCGCCAUGUUGCUGUUGUACCUGUCCUCCUGCGACAUGGUCGUCCAUCUCGUGUGGUGGUGCACAUGAAGGCCGCGGUCCUGAGGGGGGCGCCGUGGGGGGCGCUCGUGGCGGUAUUUAAGAACCUGCAGGUGCAUCUGGGUCCGUUCGUGGUUGCGGCAGAUGUUGAAGCUCCAACUUCACCCCCGAAAUCUGCAGUUAAUCUGCUGCCACAAUGA